UUAUUAAUUACAGUUAUCUCUUAACAAUGUCUGCCCGAAUUUUAAAGGGAAAAGAAUUUCACCCAAAUUUCGACAACACAAGUUUGGGUGAAUUUUUAUUUGAACGAUGUGAAAAAUUUGCCGACAGAAUUUGUCAGAUAGAUGCAGAUUUAGAUCAGUCCGAAACUUACUCCAGUGUAAAAACAAGAACUACCCGAGUUGCAGUGAAUCUCCAAAAAAAGGGAAUCACUUCUACCGAUGUAGUUUGCUCUUGUACUAAUAAUUCCUUGGACAAUUCAAUACCCGUAAUAGCAGCCUUGUAUCUGGGCGCAAAAGUUGUGAAUCUAGAUCCAACUCUGUCGGCCAGAAACACUCAACAUUUACUGAAUCUCGUAACUCCUAGAAUUAUUUUCGUGGAAGAAGAGUCGCUACAAUUUAUUGAAAAGUGUAUUAAUGAGGCUAAAUUAUCUUGCGAAAUCAUAGUUUUUGGCAAAUCCACAAAAUAUGGUACUUUUGCCAACAUGACGUUGCCUUGUGGGGAAGAAAAAACAUUCAAACCGUCAAAAACAGACAUCGAUGACACCGCAAUUAUGUUCUUUAGCAGCGGUACUACAGGUCUUCCAAAGGCUAUCUGCCACAGCCACCGUAGUUUUUUGCAAAUGGUAGAAAUAACAUACAAUUCUGGAUACGAUUCCCGAUUACUAUUACAUUUUACCACUUUCUACUGGGUAUCGGGUCUAAUAAUGCUGGGACGUACUUUCGUGGAUGGAACUACCCGGGUCUUCGCUCGUACCAUGGAAGGCGAAAAAACUCUCCGAAUGAUCGAAAAAUACAAGCUCACUUCACUUUUCGUCGCCCCAAUUUACACCUACCAGUUAACUAACGUUCCAAAUCCGGAACGGUACGACCUUUCCUCGUUUCGUUAUUUACUGACAGGCGGUACUCCGAUGAGUACCGAUCAAUAUAAAAAACUGACACAACUGUUUCCCAAAGUCCAAAUACUUUUUGCUUACGGAAUGACCGAAGUCGGAAUACUGACUGUCUUUCACCCCGAAGACGACAAACAUCUCAUAGAUACUAAAGUGGGUUCUUGUGGUAAAGUUGCAUCACGAACUCUUCUCAAAAUUGUUAAUCCCGAUAAUGAAGAGAUCCUCGGACCAAAUCAGGAAGGCGAGGUUCGAGGAAAAUCCGGUGCAAUAAUGAAAGGGUACUACCGGAACGACAGUGCUGGGUGUUUCGAUGAUGACGGUUUCAUAAAAACGGGUGAUAUUGGGUAUUACGAUGACGAUGGUUGCGUUUAUGUUAUUGAGAGAAUGAAGGAAAUGUUUAAGUACCGGUCGUGGCAUAUAGUACCGUCGUCGAUCGAAGCGGUGAUUUUGGAACAUCCGGAUGUUGAAGAAACGGUUGUUUUUGGACUUCCCAGAGGCGCUGAAGGGGAAGUACCUGCUGCUUGUGUGGUGCUAAAGGAUGGUUGUACUAUUGAUAAAGAGGAAAUUGAGAAGUUUGUGGCAGAGAGGGUUUCCGACAGGGAAAAAUUAAGAGGGGGAGUGAUUUUCGUUGAGAGUUUGCCCAAGACGCCGACUGGAAAGUUGAUAAGGAACGAGGCGAGGAAGAUUGCGAUAAAGUCGCUGUAAAAAAACAACCAACAAUAUACCGACUGAUUGUCUGACUUUGGGAUAUUAUUCCUUUCUUGUACACUUCAGACUAAUAAAUUGAUAUUUCAAAGAA